CCCCCCAUCACCCCUAUUCCCUAUCUAGAGUUUCGCUAUAAGAGGCGUGUUUACACUCAGAGCUAUGUGGACGACAAGCAGCUAGCAAAGCUCCAUACCAAGGCCAACCUUAAGAAGUUCAUGGAGUCUGUUUAUCAGCUCAGCGUUGACAAAGUCUCCAGGUUCUUGGAGAAAGGCCUUGAUCCUAAUUUUCAUGAUGCAGACACAGGAGAAUGCCCCCUGACCCUGGCGGUUCAGCUAGAGGGCAGUUCAGAGCUGAUUAAAGUUCUGAGGAGUGGAGGAGCUCACCUGGACUUCAGGACUAGAGACGGAAUCACAGCGCUGCACAGAGCUGUUCUCUCUAGGAACCACACAGCACUCACAACUGUGUUGGACCUGGGUGCGUCUCCAGACUAUAGGGACAGUCGUGGGUUAACUCCGUUGUACCACUGUGCCAUGGUGGGGGGAGACCCGUACUGCUGUGAACUGCUGCUGCAUGAACACGCUGUCAUAGGCAGCACCGACGAGAAUGGCUGGCAGGAGAUCCACCAGGCAUGUCGUCAUGGGAACGUGCAGCACCUGGAACAUCUGCUGUUUUACGGAGCCGAUAUGAGCUCUCAGAAUGCCUCAGGGAACACUGCCCUGCACCUGUGUGGUCUAUACAACCAG